UCACAUAAAACCCCUUGACAUUUGUACAUCUUUACAAUAACAAACUUUAUUACAAGUUUAGUAAAUAAUUUUUAUAAAACUCCUUCCGCUUUAAUAAGUUUUGUAAACGAAUUGCGGUUGCUCGAUUGUAACGGUUACUUCGCGCGAUAUUUUAGGACCGACUCAUACUGGUCACACUGCAAAAGUCAUGAAAAUUUUGUGAAUGUGAUCCAAGGUGCAUAAAAACGACAAAGCGAAGCAAUUGUAAGUUUUCCAGGGCCUAAACUUAUAGAACUUAGCUGCAUAUGCGCUCGUUUUGUCCACAAUAAUCCGGCCCUAGAUGGGCACCUGUGUCCCCCUUGAGAGUUGUCAGAUUCGUAAAAUAAAACCCUUUUGCAAGUGUAAUAGCAAAAUGAGUGCCGUCGCCAGCAGCGAUCCACCAUCCAUUGACAGCAUGGCCCUCGGCCGGAGUCAGACGAUCUGCCGCUAUUACGUGCGUGGUAUUUGCCGUUUCGGAGAACUCUGCCGCUUCUCCCACGACCUCAGUCGCGGCCGUCCGGAAGGCGAGGCUCAGCAGCAGCAGCAGCAGGCAGACUUGGCCACGGAAAAGCCAAGCACAAGCAACAGCAGUAAGGCGGCCCUCAUCAGCGCAAGUACCAGCCAACGAAAUUGGGCCAAUGCACCGGUGUUUGUGCCCAGCCAGAAGCGGAAUCCUCCUGCCUGGGAAGCGCUUGAUACGGCUGAGGGUGAUGCGAAUGCGGAUGGGGAUGGGGAAUCGGAGGCAGCAUCGCACGACGCCUGCCACCAGCCUUUCGUAUCAUGGGCGGAAGUGGUGGGCGGGCCGAAGGUGGACCUAACUAUGCUCAAACCCGCCUCACUGGACGAGGUCUGCCCGUAUGAGAGUCCGUGUGCAUGGGGUGAGCAUUGCCCAUACCGCAUCCAUAUGGAGCUGUGCGAGAUGUGCGACCAGUACUGCCUGCACCCGACGGAUCAAGCCCAGCGCAAGAAACACAACCGAGAGUGCCUGCAGCAGCAUGAACAGGCCAUGGAGCUAUCCUUUGCUAUUGCCCGCUCCAAGGACAAGACGUGCGGCAUCUGUUUUGACACGAUCAUGGAGAAAGCCGGGCGGGAAAAGCGGUUUGGAAUUUUACCCAAUUGUAAUCACAUAUUCUGCUUGGAAUGUAUUCGCACAUGGCGCCAGGCCAAACAGUUUGAGCAUAAAAUAACGCGAGCUUGUCCUGAAUGUCGCGUGUGCUCAGACUUUGUCUGUCCCAGUGCGUUCUGGGUGGAGACCAAGGAGGAGAAGGAUAAACUGCUCAACGAUUAUCGUGCCGCCUUGGGGGCCAAGGACUGCAAGUACUUCCAGAAAGGCGAGGGCAAAUGUCCCUUUGGCAACAAAUGUUUCUACAAACACGCUUUGCCCAAUGGAGACAUUGUCGAUGUGGGCCUGCCCAAGCGUACUCGAAAGCUACAGAGCCAGAAUGAAAUAAUCGACUUACUUGAUAUUUAUCUCUGGGACUAUGUAGACAGACGUGAUUAUACUUGGCUGGAGAUAUAUUCAAGUGAAAUAAGCGAAAGUUCCGAUUUCUCGGAUGAUGAAUAAGCUUCUGGAGCAGAAGGAUAAAAAAAAGAAUAAACCCAAAAGCAUAAACAUUUGGAUAAACACUCCCAGAAACGUAAUCAAUAUUCAAACGAUAUAUAUAAAUGAUACUGAACCAAAUAUCGAAUGCGAAAUUAAAAAAUAAUGUAUUUGGGUACCAAAUUUAGGUUUACAUAAAUAUUUAUUCUCCACUCAAUGCAACGAAAUUUACAGCAACUUUUCCGUACUUGUAUUAAAUUAAAUUAUAUUUAAUACCAUACCAAGUGGUUAAACUUAAACCUAAAGGAACAUCAUUGAUAUAUCAUUAAAUAUGAAUACACAAUUUUAGAGAUAUGUAAACAAGAAGCGCGUAAACAGUACAUUUUCAAAAUAGGUGAUAUAAAACGUGUAAACUAUGCCUUUCAGACUGAAUUGUAAAGAUAAAAACACAUACAUUCUUUAAUCGGUUUUCUACUCAUUUUCUGAGGUUUAACAAAACUACAACUAAGAUUAAAAAAAAAACGCACAUAGCAAGCAGCCACAUAAGCACGUCUAUUUGUAUGAUGACGGACGGUAUUGCCGGCGUUCGAUGUAACGAAUGGUUUAAUGAAUCAUAACUGAGUAAAACUAUUCCCAACCGCCGAUGAAAUAAAUACAAUUUUUGUUAUUGUUACUACAAGAGUCUUUGUGUUAGAUUAUUACUGUUGCAAGCCUAUAAUUCAGUAUAUUUGUAAUCGUUGGCCACAAGCAUAAUUAUCAUACACACAAAACCCACUAAAACUGAUAUUUGUAUAAAAUUUAUUGUAUAUUGAUUUUAAGUUUAUACUUUCGAAAUGUACCUCUCUCAAUGUUUUGUUUUUACUGAUGCAAAUGCAAAUGUAAUGUGUUGUCCACUAGAAAAAUCAACAAUUUAAUAAAUUAAGGGAACUAAUAUAUAAACCCAUCAUGUUCAAAAUCGAAAAUCUAAAAUCUAAAAAAAACAAAAACAAACAAAGUAACAAUUACUUGAAAAUCUCAAUAAUUACAUUGAAUCGGGUUCAUCGAUUCGGAACCCAUUUAUAUGUGAUUCAUAGUUGACAAACAAAAAAUAUCUUAUGAAUAAUUGGUAAUAAGUAUAAAUAUAGUUCUAAAAACAUGCAUAUGAUAUGGUCGUUGAAAUAUGAUAUAGAAAUGUACAAUUCAGCUUAAAAAAAUACAUGCUAUCGCGAAAGCUGCUAACGCAAUGCCUUUGUUUUGAAAUCUUUUAUGUCGACACCGGAUGGUGUGUGCUCAUUAAUGCAUAACUUUAGUUUUCACGAUAGUUGUUUCAUCGGCCUUUCCGUAAAUAAUAUUAUGAGUGAACAUAGUUUUAGUUAAAUCUCAUAUCCUUUAUAUAAUUUGAUAUUUCCAACGUUGCUAAACCCAUCCAGAAGUGAUAUUUUUCGUUAAUUUUUGAACUGGAUUUCAAAUUUGAAUAUUGAACGGAAUAAACUCGUUGAUUAAAAAAGA